GGCUGGUCAGUAUGAUCUACUGUGUAUCUCCUACUACUCCUGGGAGCACGAUCACGAAUGGAGGCAACAUCAACAAGAUUGUAAACCAUGGUUUAUCCUGUGUCUCUGCGUCAAGCGGCUUUGAGAUUAUGGCACCCUUUGUAUGCAGUUGGCAGAACUACAUGUACUAAUAGUGCUGCAGGUAGACAGUGGGUGUCUCGGAAUCAGAGAUUGUCUACUUCUGUCAGACAGCAUGGAGGAAGGACUUCCACAAGUGUUGGCUGGAGGACUCUUAAGCUUGUGCUGCUAAGUGUGCCAUUGGGUGGAAUGGCUUAUUAUUUCACACUUGACAGAGUUGGCCAAAGGAGAUUCUGGAUAACUAUCAAUGGUAGCCUCCGUUUUGUCAGGUCACUCUACCUGGGCCUGCUGAUAUCACUGGAUUAUAAAUAUUCACUGUGGGGAUUGGAAGAGGACAGCUUGGAGUAUCGACAGCAGAUUAUGUGUUGUCACCAGCGUGCAGCAGACAGGAUUGUGUAUGGGGCAGUCAUGAACGGAGGGUUGUACAUCAAGCUGGGCCAAGGACUGGUAUCCUUUAACCAUUGUCUCCCGCCUUGGUGUUUGUAGGCCUUGGUACGGAGGUAUAAGGAAGUGGAUGCCCUGUUGGAGGACUUCAACACCACGCCGGACACCAUGUUUGCUGAGUUUGAUGAUGAACCCAUAGCAGCCGCCAGUCUGGCACAGGUGCACAGAGCUGUCACAGUGGAUGGACAAGAAGUUGCUGUCAAGGUACAGUAUAUUGACUUACGAGACCGGUUUGAUGGAGACAUCCACACGCUUGAGAUUCUGCUGGACAUCAUAGGAUGGAUUCACCCGAGCUUUGGAUUCAAAUGGGUGUUACAGGACUUGAAAGGAACCCUCGCUGAGGAGUUAGACUUUGAGUUGGAGGGGGAGAAUUCUGAACACUGUGCCACGGAUCUGAAUUAUCUACCCUAUAUCUACAUUCCUAAAGUCAUCUGGGAACAUACCUCUAAGAGAGUGCUGACAGCUGAGUAUGUUGAGGGGUGUAAAGUCACAGAUGUGGAGGGGAUCAGGAAGAUGGGCCUUUCUCUGGCAGAUGUUGAUGAAAAGUUGAUCACAGCCUUCUCUGAACAGCUAUUCAGCUCUGGAUUUGUUCAUGCUGACCCUCACCCAGGAAAUGUUCUUGUAAGAAGAGGCUCAGAUGACAAAGCCCAGCUAGUUCUGUUGGACCAUGGAUUGUACCAGAACCUAGAAAAAAACACACGGCUGUCGCUGUGCAGGCUGUGGAAGGCUGUUGUUCUCAAGGACAAGGAGAAGAUGAAGUGGUUUUCCCACCACCUAGGGGUGAAAGACUGGUACCUGUUCUGUGAGAUCCUGAUGCAGCGACCAAUCCACAUCCAGUCUGGAGGCUACAUGAGUUUUAAGGCUCAGAUGACUCCUGAUGACAUUAAGUACAUGAGGAAGAUGGCGGUGGAUCAUUUUGAUCGCAUCAUGGUCGUUCUAAAGGACCUUCCCAGGUCCAUGCUCCUGGUUUUCAGGAACAUCAACACCAUUCGCUCCAUCAAUGCCCAGCUGGGCCAUCCUGUGGACAGGUACACCAUCAUGGCAAAAUGUGCAAUAAGGGGAAUGACUACAGACAGUGGGAAACAGAUGUCCCUGGUGAGCAGGAUUCAAGCUGCCUGGGAGAGUAUGGUCUUUGACUGUUUACUCAGGUAUGAAAGGUGGCACAUGUGGCUGACCACGUGUUACCUGAGGCUGCUGCAAAGGCUCGGCAUGGCACCUGCAGAACUGGUCCAACUGACCGCGCAGCUUCAGUCCUGAGGACUUCUCAAUAUACGAGUGGCAGGGUCCAGCAGGUUCAGUCAUUACAGCAAGAUAAUUACACAUGUACAUUGUAUUAUAAUAUAUGGGUAAAUAGGUUUUGUUGUUAGCUAAUACCUGUAUGUAGAAUUGACACUAGAGAGGUAGCCUUUACUGUAAUUGCAGAUGUGAAACUUGCUGGAUAGUUGUAAGAGUGACACCAAUAUGAAAGCCAUGAGUGUAGCUGCCAACAUGGUAUAUUAGCAGGGCUCGAAAUACACCUGCAUAUGCAGGUUAGUGCAGGUGAAAGUUGGGCUGUGCAGGUAUUUCUGAUGCCUACCUGAACCCCACCUGCACCAGACUUUUCAGACUUGUCCUUGUAAUUCCUAAUCCUAAUCCUAUACAUGAGAAAUGACCCAGCUGGUUAUGAUGACAGUGAUGAUGAUAACUGUUAGAUUGUAAUUAUUGUGAGUACAUCAAAAUGUAACUUUUCAUUUAGUUUAUCAUGCAAGGCAGUUUUCCUUUAAUAACAUACUUUGUUAAUUGAUAAACAUAAUAAAGUAUGUUCAAAGGGUUAUUUUAUCCACUUUUGGAGUAUGUUUGAAUGGUGCAGGUAACAUUUUUCUGGUGCAGGUAACUUUUGAAAUUGCCAAAACCAGUGCAGGUAGACAGAAAAAAGUAUUUUUAGCCCUGGUUAGUGUUACCAGUCAACCACACUAGUGUCACUUUUACUACACUAGUUCACUUCUUGAAUAUACAAGUCUUUACAAUGAAUGACUUAUCGCUUGUGAUGUCAUAUUUUUUGUAGCUUCAAUUCUUGUUUUUAUGUUUAUGGUGUCCACUUUCAAUUUAGCCAUCUUGUUCUUUUUCACACAUCAUGUUUUUCUUUCGCCCUAUCUCAUUAUUUUUGCAGUCUACAGAGGAUGUCAUUUAUAAAAUGUACUUGCUGGGGACUAACAGAAGUUCACACAUUCCGACAUUUGCUAUUUACUUCAAUUCUUUUUACAACGUUUAUGGUGUCUGUUCAUCAUGUUAUUUUUGACCCAUCUUUUUUUUUUCACCCUAUCUCUUUAUUUUUGCAGACUGCAGAGAAUGUCAUCCAUAAAAUUUACUCGCUGUGGCCUAAAUUAUGUUAUAGUGAAAUCAAUCUGCAUGUCUGAUAAUGUUCACCUUCACUAAGCUUCAUAGUACUACAGGUAUGAAAUUCCCACUCUGGAAUUAUAAUCAAAACCGGAAGUUUCAUUAUAGUACCUUAGGAAGCUGCUAGUAGGCCAUUAUUGCACUUGACCUUCAUUUUACUGACCCCUACCAACCCAAACAUACCGACCUAACAAAUUUCACCAGGAUCCAUCCGAGUCUCCUCGAGUUAUGUUGCAUGAUAAAUUAGAAAACUCUAUAAUCCAGUAAAAUCUACAAUUAUUAUAGGACAAGACCAUCAUUGCAUUAAGGAUUUAUAAUUUCAAAACGGGCACUCUUUAAAAUAACCCUUGUUUAUUUAGAAAAAAAUUGUUUUCGUUUCACUCUAGCUUUUGAUAAUUUCUGGUGCAUCUCUCCUCUCAUAAAGCUUUGUUGAAAAAUCACGACCCCUUCUUCAGAUGUUUGAAAAAUAAACCACACCCGCUGCAUG